AUGUUUUACGCACAUUUUGUGCUGGCCAAAAAGGGCCCGUUGGCCAAAAUUUGGUUGGCGGCUCAUUGGGAUAAAAAGCUAACAAAAGCUCAUGUGUUUGAAACGAAUAUUGAGAAAUCAGUCGACGGAAUAUUGAAGCCUAAAGUAAAGAUGGCUUUACGAACAUCUGGUCAUCUGCUGUUGGGUGUGGUGAGGAUCUACUCAAGGAAGGCUAAAUACUUACUACAGGAUUGUAAUGAAGCCUUUGUUAAGAUUAAGAUGGCCUUCAGGCCUGGUAUGGUCGACUUGCCUGAAGAACAUAGAGAAGCAGCAAUGAAUGCCAUUACCUUACCUGAAGUAUUUCAUGACUUCGAUACUGCUAUGCCAGAGUUGAAUGAAGUUGACAUUGAGGUUCAGUACUCCCUGAAUCAGUCACGGGCUGAGGAAAUAACAAUGCGCGAAGAUUACGGCUCUUUGAAUCUGGUGACGCAUGACGAUGGGUUUGGAGACAUGGGUUUUGAUACUGACAAUCCAGACAUAAUGCGAGAGGCCAUUGGAAAUGAGGGUGGCCUCGAACAGAGUAAUCUCUUUUUUGCUGAUGGAUCCUCACUGGAACUGGCGGGUAAAGAUCCAGGCGUACCCAGUACAAGUACAACGGGCCCUACUUUGGUUGCUCCGUCACAUGAACCAAGGAUGGAGGCUGCUCCUCAUGGGCCCAUGGACGAUGGAUUUGGAGGGACUAUAGGAGAUGUUGCGGAUUUUGGUCAUGCGGGAGGUCUCUUUGAGGGUGAUUUGUUCGGAGACGUUACUGCUGGAAGCUCUGCCGGUGGAGCUGGAGCUGGCAUGCCAGGGACAUCUGCACAGCCUCAGUCCUUGCAGGCGGAGAUCGAGGCGGCGGGAGGCAGCGCCCGCUCGGCUGCGGCCGAGGCGGAGCAGGAGUCCGACGACGAGAUGCCGCACUACGACGCGCCGCCCUCGCCCGCCUCGCCGGCCUCGCCCGCACACAGGUACACACGCGAGCAGGAGUCCGACGACGAGAUGCCGCACUACGACGCGCCGCCCUCGCCCGCCUCGCCGGCCUCGCCCGCACACAGCUGGGGUGCGUCACCCCCACACGAGAGUGAGACUCCUAGAGCAGACGAUGCCGGCCUUAUGCCCCCGCCUGCCGCCCCCAGACCUCCGUCUGUUAGACCCAUGGAUGUGGAUGGAGCAGACACAGCCCCAGAGGAAGUUCCGCCUAUAGAAGCACCCGCUACUCCAGCGCCGGCAUUGGAUUCUACUACUCUAUUACAAAACGAUGAAGAAUCAUUCGCCUUAGCACCUGUUGAUGCGACAGUUCUUAAAGGAAUAACAAAAGCUAAACGGAAGCGCAAGCUCAUUGUUGAUGAAGUCAAAAACAUAUCUGGAGAGGAAAUGAAGAAUCAGCUCAGUAACACGUCAGAUAUUGUCACCACAUUGGAUCUGGCACCUCCGACUAGAAGAUUGAUGCACUGGAAGGAGACCGGAGGAGUGGAGAAACUGUUCACUUUGCCGGCUAGGCCUAUUCCUUCUAGAGUACUGUUUAAGAAGUACCAGCGCAACAUGACGCUGCGCGGCGAGGCGGAGGAGGGCGAGGCGCGCUCGCCCGAGCCCGAGCCGCCCGCGCGCCGCGCGCGCAAGCGCCGCCUGGACGACUCUAUUCAGCAGCCAGAAACACCGGCACCCGUACAAGAUUUAGAACCUCCAACGCCCAUGCCUCAAGAAUACGAGCCGUCUUCGGAGCGAGAGCGCGACGCGCCCUACCAGUCGCCGCGACACGAGGACGUCGAGCCGCCCAGCACGCCAGGAAUGCUAAGUUCUCUCGGAGCACCUCUCACACCCGGAGUCUUAGGACCUCUGACUCCAGGCACAUUACUUCAAGGCGGACUCACGCCGGGUAGUUUACAACAUGGUUCUAUGACACCAGGUAUACUACAAUCAGGUGGAUUAACUCCUGGUGGACUUCAGCAUGGUGACCAGCAAGUGGAUUUAGGGUUAUCAGGUAUGACUCCAGGUGGUAUGACGCCGGGAGGUAUGACUCCAGGUGGCAUGACACCAGGUGGAAUGACCCCUGGACUAGGCCUAGACGGCGGUAUGACACCAGCUGGUCUGCACCAUGGUACUAUGACCCCAGGUGGGCUGGAUCACGGUGGUAUGACACCAGCGGGACUGCAACACGGUGGUAUGACACCCGCGGAACUGCAACAUGGUGGCAUGACACCGGCUGGUCUACAACACGGUGGAAUGACACCUGCUGGUCUACAACACGGGGGAAUGACACCCGCUGGUCUACAGCAUGGCGGUAUAACACCUGCCGGUCUGCAACAUGGUGGUCUUACGCCGGGAGGCUUGCAACAUGGUGGCAUGACACCUUCUGGUCUGCAGCACGGCUUACUGCAGCACAGCAUGGAGCCUCUACCCAUGAUGCCUCAGAUGGGCGCCGAACCGCUGCUGACGUCACACGACAUGCACACGGGGCCCAUGGAGCCACUGUCCAUGCCUCUCGACACGGCAGACUACCAGAAUGCUAUGCAAAUGACAAAUUUGGGAUACGACGAGCAGCAUGGUCAUCACAGUCCGCAGCACGAUUACGAUUUACCUCUCAGUGUAGAAGAUGCGGAGGCGGGCGCGCGCGAGACGCGCGAGGCGGGCGAGACGGACGAGCAGUUCGAGGAGCGCGUGCUCAACCGGCGCGCGGCGCAGCUGUUCGCGGCGCUGCGCGCGCAGCUGGCGGCGCGCGGCGCGCUGGCCUUCGCCGACCUGGCGCCGCCGCACCACCACCGCAAGCAGGUGGCGCAAAAAUUCUACAGUUUGCUAGUUCUCAAGAAGCAUCAGAUGCUAAAACUAGAACAACACGAGACUUACGGACCUAUAACUAUAACAAAGGGCGCUCAGUUCGAAACGGAGGCGAUUUAGUUAAGAUAGUUAUUAUUUACACAAAACUGAAAAAAAUAUCAAUUAGAUAUAUUAAUAUAAAGUGGUGA